GUAGGCGGUGUAAAAAAAGAGAAAGAGGAGAAGUCGCCCAGUAGUUCGGUGGGUAACUCCAUACAACAACAAAAGUACAUCUUCGAGUCGAAAUUGUUCAGAAUGGGGACUACGGCAAGUCAACUUGGGAAGGAUUUGCUCUCAGAAUAUCAAGAGCUGACAUUCUUGACAAAACAAGAAAUUCUUCUUGCUCACAAGAGAUUCACUGAACUGCUCACAAAAGAUGAGAAAGACCUUCCAAAUACCAGAGUACCAGUGGAGAGGAUCCUCACUCUGCCAGAGCUCAAGUCCAACCCUUUCAGGAAAAGAAUCUGCCAUGUUUUCUCAACAUCUGAAUACAAAGACGGAAGCCUCACAUUUGAGGACUUUCUGGAUCUCUUGAGUGCCUUCAGCGACUCUGCCACUAUGGAAAUCAAAUCCCACUAUGCCUUCCGUAUAUUUGACUUUGAUGAUGAUGGAACUCUUGACUGUGGUGAUCUGGAGAAGCUAGUCAACUGCCUGACUGGCGAGACAGACGACACGAGGCUCACCACGGAGGAAAUGAGACAGCUCAUCAGCAAUAUUCUUGAAGAGUCCGACAUCGACAAGGAUGGAACUGUGAACCUCUCAGAGUUUCAGCACGUCAUUUCAAGGUCACCGGAUUUUGUCAGUUCUUUUAAGAUUGUGCUGUGAAGACCUCCAGCGGGCUGAGGAAAUACAUCCACUUUUAACUCUCAAAUGGUGUUUAGAUUUCAAUGAGAACAAUUUUAAAGAUUUGCCUUAAAUUAUAUUCACCUAAAGAUUUUAUUGCCUUAACUAUUUGAUGUAUCCUUUGUAAAAUAUAAAAACCUAUGAUUUGUUCUUUUUUUUCUAUAAAGAACAUUUUAAAUACUUUCAAAAAGUGCUCAUUUAUGAAGUUGCCUGUUUUUAACGGUACAAACAAAAACUUGUAUAUCACAAAAUAAAUUCAGUCUUUUGUUGUAA